UGAAAGGGUUUGUGGCAGAUGAAGAACAGCACCUCAACUUGCUAAGACCACACAGGAACGGACCACUUCCCCACCGUGUCGCAAGAGAUAUCACUGGAUACAUCCGUGGUGUCCAGUGGUCUCCUAUAGGAGGCAGAUCUGCUCGGUCUCCUCUACCGGCGGUCAAGAACAGCGCGCAAGGCAGCCGCACCGGUGACACUUCCAGCGCUCACCAAGAGAGCGCACACGUCGGCUCGGGCCCCAUCGUGCUCAAGAGCAAGAAGAAGAUCUUCAUCCCCAAGUUGACCUAUGAUGGCGCUGGUCCCGACGUGUACUUUUUGGUGGGCAAGGGAGCUAAAGUCACCCACAAGGGCGCCACCAAAAUCCCCACUCCAACCGGAGAAACAAAGAUUAAGAAGGGCUACACGGGGCCAGGAUGUGACACUGACACUUCCGGGAAGCCUGACCUUCAACGACGUCGAUUGGUUCGCCGUUUACUGCAUCACCUACGAAGAGAACUUCGGUGAUGUGCGCAUACCGAAGAACCUCAACCUGCCCGCCGCCUGAGCGGGAAUUCGCGUUAAACGAGUGCGUUUCCGCAACUCCAUUAGCUUAGUACACAGCUGGACAUUCGGCCCCCCAGAAAAAGAUGAGGCUCUUUUUUGGACGUAAAGUGAAUGACAUGUGUGGUGUGUCACUCGGCUUAAAUGUGGACAGUCAUUCGAGUGAACGCGUAGUUUGUGAUUUAGGGACAAACAACUGGACUUGUGAUAGCAUGAAUUCUGAACGUGGGGGAGACACGUUGAUAGGUUCUGAAGAGAGUCGCAUCUUUUUCUUCAACUCGGCGCACGUGUAUGCUAUCAUGUCGAAAACAGGUGCGUCACUGAGCGCUGGAAAAAAACGUUAUUUCCUGCUAAGCGUUAUGAUUAUUUGUCUGUAAACGCUUAUUACACACAUGAAGGAGGAAAUACAAAAAAGAAGUCCUGCUAACGUUGGCUUUGCACGCUAUCGGGCGUGCUUGUCAGCCUCAUAUUCUUUCCUAUCAUUUCAACUGCUGACAGCGUAGUCAUCCGCGUCAACAUUUUUUUGCGUCAUUGGAAAUGUAUUCAUGGGCCCGUUGAAGCCACAUUGCGUUUUCUUUCGUAAUGAACUGGCAGCGCUUGCCCUAGCUACUUGCAUGUAUGGUCUUGACCAGUAAUGAUGCAGCAAGACGACAUUUCACCAAUAAAUACAUGAAACUCGA